AUGGACCACUCCAGCAGCUUCCACUCGACCGUGUUGGGUCGCUCGUCCGACAACAACGGCGCCGCCACCAACGGCAACAGCGGCGACAACGACCGCACGCGGCGGCGCGCCAUCGACAUUCUCAACCCCGAGCCCGAGCCUGCCGCAUCGCCCGCUUCCUACCCGUCGCGCCACCAGCACCAGCACCAGCACUCACAUUCCUAUGCCUCAUCGACGGCCUCCUCCCCCCAUCGCGCCCACGACAGCUUUGCGCUGCGCUCGCCCAGCAAAGCGGACGUCCGGCCACUGGCGUCGCCCAGCGCCCGCCACGCCUCGCCAGCCUCGGUCGGUCCGACGGUGAACAAUCUGCUCAACAACAGUCCCCCGUUGCAGCAUCGGCCGGUGCCGUCGUCCGUGUCGCGCUCGCGCUCGCCGCACCUUGCGCCGCCGCCGGGCGCGUCUGCCGCGUCGACACCGUAUUCGGCCCACGGCGACGCGCCGUCCGCGCAACCGCCGUCCGGCAAAUUCUACGACCCGACUACCGACACCACAUCCGCGACCGGCGCUGCGUCAUUGGCCGCCGACCGUCACAACGUGGAUUCGCGUGCCCGGCGUCCAGACAGCCAGCCUCGCGAUAGCCACGGCCAUCCAUCGCAGUCGGCUGCUGCUCCACGCAGCCCCGUCUCGCAUUCUCAUUCUCGAAACCGCUCUGAAUCGACACCUGCUGUUCCCAUACCAGAGUCGUCAGCUCACUCUCCCAAUCCAUCCAUCACCAUGGCUUCGCCAUCUCUACGGCAGCCACCAUGGACGAGCCUGGGCUCGCCACCGCCAAACGGCACGUCCGGGCAUUCUUACUCAAAGGACAGCUCACCAGUUCCAUCAAAGGCAUCAGCCCCGGCAAGUACACCCAAGCGGACAGCCGAUUUAAUGUCCUUCUCAAAUAUCCUUUCUAGCGCCGAGCCUGCUGCCGAAGAACCACGAGCAAAGUCCCCUCCCCCCCCUGUCGAUGACGACUCCGAACACACAACGAGCCGCAGCACGCGCGUCAUCAGACUGGAGAAGCCCGAUGAUAAGAAGCAGGGACGCGUUCCACGUCGCGUGGCGAAACCCCGUGCGUCGAGCUCGAGAUUGUCAAAAGAUGUCGACAAAGACGGUGACUCCGUGCUGUCCGAGGCCGCACCUAAGGCGUCGCGUCGCGCAUCUACAAAACUCGCUGCGCCUGCUCCCGAGCCUCGCGUGCCGGCCAAGCGUGGCCCCAACGGCCAGCAAAAGAAGAAGAUCUCGGUCUCCUCCUCGGCGUCCGCCGAAAAGAGCAUCCAGAGCUUCAUGAAGAAGCUGGACACUGCUGAAGAUUUUGAUGCGCACGACUACCUGGACGACUCGCAGAUCGACGAGGAGCAGCGCGCCUGGAAGGAGCGCCAGCGCCGACGCCAGCUGCAGAUGGCCGCCAAAGACGCCGAGCUCCGCCACGUCCGCAGAGCCGAGCUGGCCGAGUCGCUGGCGAAACGCCUCGAAGAUCACAGCUAUCUGGGAACGAAGCGCUACUACGAGAUCUACUACAACGACGCGCUCCAGGAGGUCCGCGAGCAGGAACUGUUUGCCGAGAAGGAGCGCAAGAAGGACAUGCAGCGCAAGCGCCGGAGAGAAAAGUCCAUGGCUGUUACCCUCGAACAGAAAAAGGCUGCGCUCGCUCGUGCCGCCUUGGCGGAAGACGAACACGAGCGCCAGAAGUUGCUCCGCGAAGCGGAACGUGCGAACAAGAAGGUGCAGCAGACCAAGCUCAUUCUGCAAAAGGGCAUCAAGGGCCCGGUUCGCAACGCCGCGAUUGAGCUGAACCUCGAGGGGGGCACCAUGGCCACCUUCCAGGCGACCGACAUGGAGCCGGGCAAGGGGAAGAUCAAGGGCCGGGGCGGAUCCCGUCUUAAGAAGUCCAAAGAGCAGAAGCAGCAAGAAAAGGAGAAUGCAGAGGCUGCCCAAGCGGCUCUGGACGCCGGAGAGGCUCUGCCCUCGAGAGAGGAAGCGUCCAAGAUCCGCAUCAAGUUUAAGAAGGGCUCCGGCGCCAAUGGUACGCCAGGCCGCGAUGACUCUGGUCGUGACGACGGCUACUCGAACAAGGAGAACACCGAGCCCAGGUUAACGAAGAAAGAGAGGGAGAGGGAGAAGGCCGCUGCUGCUGCGGCUGCUGCUGCGGCCGCCGCCGCUGCCGAGCCGCCCAAGGAUCCCUUCCAGACGAAGGGCUUCAUCCAGAUCUAUGACCAAAUUUGGCGCGAUCUCGCCCGGAAAGACGUCAGCAAGACGUUCCGUCUCGCAACCGACUCAUACUCGACCAAGGCUUCCAAUCUUAAGAAGACGGCCCUGCUCGCGUCCAAGGAGGCCAAGAGGUGGCAGCUGCGCACGAACAAGGGCAACAAGGACCUGCAAGCGCGCGCCAAGCGCGUCAUGCGCGACAUGAUGACGUUUUGGAAGCGCAACGAGCGCGAAGAGCGCGAUUUGCGCAAAGCCGCUGAGCGCCAGGAGCUCGAGAACGCGCGCAAGGAGGAAGCCGACCGCGAAGCCGCCCGGCAGAAGCGCAAGCUCAACUUCCUGAUCUCGCAGACGGAGCUCUACUCCCAUUUCAUCGGCAAGAAGAUCAAGACCGACGAAGUCGAGCGCAGCACCGACCACCCCGACGAAAUCGCCAAGCAAACCGCCGACGGUGCAGAUGCACACAAGACCAACGGCCUGACUGUGGACGAGCCAUCUGGCCCUGUGGGCGCCAAGGUCACUGAUUUCGAGGACCUCGACUUUGACGCCGAGGACGAGACUCAGCUGCGCGCCGCGGCCAUGGCCAACGCACAGAGCGCCAUUGCUGAGGCGCAGCAGAAGGCCCGCGAGUUCAACAACGACAAUGACAUGGACGAAGAGGGCGAGAUGAACUUCCAGAACCCCACCGGACUCGGCGACGUCGAGAUCGAGCAGCCCAAGCUCCUCAACGCGCAGCUCAAGGAGUACCAGCUCAAGGGUCUCAACUGGCUGGUCAACCUCUACGAGCAGGGCAUCAACGGUAUUCUUGCCGACGAGAUGGGUCUCGGCAAGACGGUCCAGUCCAUCUCCGUGAUGGCCUACCUCGCCGAAAAAUACGACAUCUGGGGUCCCUUCCUGGUUGUCGCGCCCGCGUCCACCCUCCACAACUGGCAGCAGGAAAUCCAAAAGUUCGUGCCCGAGUUCAAGGUGCUUCCGUACUGGGGCUCAGCGGGCGACCGCAAGGUCCUGCGAAAGUUCUGGGACCGCCGGCAUUCCAUGUACAAGAAGAGCGCUCAGUUCCACGUGCUCGUUACAUCGUACCAGCUGGUCGUGGCCGACGUGGCCUUCAUGUCCAAGAUGCGUUGGCAGUACAUGAUUCUGGACGAGGCGCAAGCCAUCAAGAGCUCGCAGAGUUCGCGGUGGAAGGUCUUGCUGAACUACCACUGCCGCAACCGUCUUCUGCUGACGGGUACGCCCAUCCAAAACAACAUGCAAGAGCUGUGGGCGCUGCUGCAUUUCAUCAUGCCGUCUUUGUUCGAUUCCCACGACGAAUUCAGCGAAUGGUUUUCCAAGGACAUCGAAUCGCACGCGACCAGCAACACGAAACUUAACGAGGAUCAGCUGAAGCGUCUGCACAUGAUUCUCAAGCCGUUCAUGCUUCGGCGUGUCAAGAAGCAUGUGCAGAAGGAGCUCGGCGACAAGAUUGAGCUGGACGUCUUCUGCGACCUGACCUACCGCCAGCGCGCCUACUAUGCCAACCUCCGCAACCAGAUCAGCAUCAUGGACCUGAUCGAGAAGGCGACGCUGGGUGACGACAAUGACUCUAAGACCCUCAUGAACCUUGUCAUGCAGUUCCGCAAGGUCUGCAACCACCCUGACCUGUUUGAGCGUGCCGAUACGGCGUCGCCCUUCUCCAUGUCCUACUUUGCCGAGACCGCCUCGUUCAGCCGCGAGGGCAAUAACGUGCCCGUUGGCUACUCAGCGCGGAACAUGAUCGAGUACAGGCUGCCCCGCCUCAUCGCCCGCGAAGGCGGCCGCCUCGGUCAGGUUGGCAGCGACAACGACACUGCCGGUUUCCGCAGCAAGUACCUCUACGAGCUGAUGAACAUCUGGAAGCCAGAGAACAUCCGGGCCAGCGCUGCAGAGGACGGCGCCUUCUCGUUCCUGCGCUUCGCCGAUACGAGCCCGGGUGAAGCCUACCGUGCGUCUCACAGUGAUGUUUUCGCCCGCAGUGCCGAGCUCUUGAGCAAGCACGCGUCGUCGUCGGCACUCUCGUCUCGCCUUCGCCGCAUGCAGGUGAUGUACGACGACGAAAAUGCCCAUGGAGGCGGAUUCACUCCGACGCACGCCCUUUUCCAAAUCCGUGAGCGGAACAACCGGAUGGCCCUCGCUGACGUUACGGGCGAGGGUGUUCUUGAUUCGCUCAUGAACGUGGCCCGCACCACAUACGACAACACCGGUCUGACGCGUGUCGAGGCUGCUGGGCGCGAGAAUGCGUCGGCACCGCCCAUCGAACUUGCCUGCAGCAGCCGUGGUACCGUUACCGAGCGCGACGACCUGCUGUUCAACAUCCCCAUGCGGCGUGCCCUGUACGGCACGAACCCUGUUGAGGAAAUGGCGUUGGUGACGAGCAAGGUGCCGUGGAAGGACUACCCGCCGCGGCCGAUGCUCCCGGCGCCCGAUGUGGAGAAGAAGCGAUUCACAAACAUUGCAGUGCCGUCGAUGCGCCGCUUCGUGACCGACUCGGGCAAGCUGGCCAAGCUGGACGAGCUCUUGUUCAAGCUCAAGGAGGGAGGCCACCGUGUCCUGCUGUACUUCCAGAUGACGCGCAUGAUCGAUCUCAUGGAGGAGUACCUGACGUACCGCAACUACAAGUACUGCCGCCUCGACGGCUCGACCAAGCUCGAGGACCGCCGCGACACGGUGCACGAUUUCCAGACGCGGCCAGAGAUUUUCGUUUUCCUGCUGUCCACGCGUGCCGGUGGUCUCGGCAUCAAUCUGACGUCGGCCGACACGGUCAUCUUUUACGAUUCGGAUUGGAACCCCACCAUUGACUCCCAGGCCAUGGACCGCGCGCAUCGGCUUGGCCAAACGCGCCAGGUUACAGUGUACCGCCUGAUCACGCGGGGCACGAUCGAGGAGCGGAUCCGCAAGCGCGCGUUGCAAAAGGAGGAGGUGCAGCGCGUCGUCAUUUCUGGUGGCAGCGGCGCGUCGUCGAUGGGCGUCGACUUCUCGGGCCGCCGCGCGCAAGACAACCGUAACCGUGACAUUGCGCUGUGGCUGGCGGACGACGAGCAGGCCGAAAUGAUUGAGCGGCGCGAAAAGGAGCUGCUGGAGAGCGGGGAGUACGACAAGGCGACGAAGAAGCGCGGCGGCAAGCGGAAGCGCAAUGCGGCCGCCAACAACAUGGACAUGGACGGCGGCGCGAGCCUCGACGACAUGUACCACGAAGGCGAGGGCAACUUUGACGACAACAAACUGUCGGGUGCCGCGACACCUGUUGAUGGCGGCGAUGCACGUGGUGCUGGCGGCAAGAAGAAGCGCGUCCCCGUGAAGAAGGCCAAGUCGACGAAGCAGCGCCUUGCGAUUGCGGACGGCAUCGACGGUUGA